AUGACACUGAUGCCACAAGAAGUUAACUGAAUAGAAGUAAAGUAGAGGAAAUAUGAGACAAGCUGGUGCAUAUUCAGGGUUACUGUGUGGUGGGAUAUCAGGAAGGACAGGGCCUCACUCUCUGCCCUUGGCAAGGAUCAAGAAGAUCAUGAAGAAGUCUGGUGAAGAUGUUAAAAUGAUAUCAGGGGAGGCUCCCAUUAUUUUCUCCAAGGCUUGUGAGCUCUUCAUUCAGGAGCUUACUACAAGGUCCUGGAUCAUGGCUAUCCAAGGCAAAAGGAGAACUUUGCACAAAGAGGACUUGGCCUCCGCAGUUAUAGCCACUGACAUCUUUGACUUUUUGAUCACUUUGGUUUCCAAUUCUGAGAACAGCCAUGCAAUUGGUGCCACCACCAGUACUGUCAUGGAAGUGGAAAGUAUAGAUUACUCCCAAGUCUUGAGCAACCAUGAUGAGUCUAUUUUAAUGCAAACUAAGAACUUUUGAGAAUUUCAAAAAUAAAGAGUUUUUUUUUCAACAGAGAAGCUUUCAGAACCACUUUUAGCUUGUAUUAAAAAGACUCUAAGGUAACUACAAAAUUUGAGUUCUAUAUAUGUAAUUAUUGUAAUAUAAAUAUAUGUAAUAUAGCUAAAGUAAGAACUUUAUCUGUUGGUUAU